GAAAUUUAUCUCGUCUCGUUAAAUAUCUAAUUUGUUUUGAUGGUGAGUCACCUCAUAACAUGUCUACAGUUUUACUUCAGUUAUUUUUUGUUCAACUGCUCAGAAGGACAGGGCGGGCACAAUAAAAGCUAUCUCAUUUUUUUACCCAUCUGCUGAAAGGACGGGCGGGCACAUUAAAAGCUGUCUCUUCCCGACAUUCAACGUUACCAUUACCGGCAAACUUUCUCGUUUCGGGGAAGGAAUUUCAAAAAACUAUUAAUAAACGUCAUCGAUUUCGAGUGAAAAUGAUUAGAGUCACAGGUAGCGUGCAAUUCCAGAAAGAAUAAACACGGCCAAGAAGAAAGCGAUAAGUUAAUCAAUUCUAUGAAAGCUUUUUCUAUGCUUUAGCAUGCCAAAUCUUGCAGAAUACCAAGCACAAAGGAAGACCCAGGAAGCAGCUAAGGCAGGCAAGCAUAAACUAAACAUCUUUAAUCUUCUUUUUUAAAAAAAUCAUUGUCUUUAGUUGUAGAAUUUGUUGAUGGAGUGUUGUGUGACGAGAGAAUCGGUGAAGACAGUAUAGCAGAAUAAGAAUAAUCUGUUCCUAACAAUGGAGUUGAUAAGGACUAAAAUGUUCUGUAAUGACGCCAUACUAGAGGGCGGCAGAAAGGUCGGCAGAGGGCCCUCUCCGCAUUCAAUGUUUAUAUUUGUUUUGACCCUUUCUCUCUUACAAGACAAUUAGGAUGAUUGCUUUACUACUUUUUUCUACUGGUAGUUGGUGUUUCAUAUAUCCAUUUUUUAGGUUGUAACUCCUUGGAUUUAAUGCAGAAGGCUUGUCGAUGAAGACCUUAUCCGACUUAUUCCAUGGUUUCCCCUGUUGAGUGCCUUAAGAAAUUCUUCUUAUGAUUCCUCAAGGCGAACGUUUUGAUUUUUUAUGUUUAUUUUGAGGCUCAAAUUCUGGUUUUUUAAUAACCCUAUCUGAGAAUCUGAAGACCAAAUCAUGCGCUUCAUCUACAUAUUGCAGGGUUGAGAUCCUUAGCAAACCCUAGAUGGAUCGUUUAUUGAGCCUCAGGUCCAAUGUUUUACUAAUCCUGUUUUCCAUAGGGAGUCAAAGUCGUAGCACCACAAAUCACCAAACAAAUUGCCUUUGAAUUUGCUCGCUUCAUAAUCCCUUGAAGGUUCUGUUAUUAAGCUCUGGAUUGAGGGCUCUAGCCAGUCGAGAACCUAUCACCAGCACGGUGCACCAAUCUCAAAGCAAAGGUUCUUUAAAGGCUUUUUGUUAUCCAGCAGCUCUUGAAAAGCGGUGUGAUAGAACAUAAAAUUCAAUGGGUCAAUCCACUUCUUCUCUAUCUCAUCCACCAAUCCGCCAUUAUCUGGAGCAUCCCAAGGUGGAACCCUUACAUGACAUUCCAGAGGAUCAAAUUGCAUAUUUACCGGAUGAAUGCCUGGCUUUAGUUUUCCAAAAACUCACCAGUGAGGAAAGGAAUCAGUGCUCCUUAGUUUGCAAACGUUGGCACAUGAUUGAGUCAAAAUGCAGGCAACGCCUUGUUCUCCUGGCCAGAUCGGAGCUUUUCUUUUAUCUUCCAAACCUUGUUCUUAGAUUUGAACAUGUGACCGUUGUGGCACUGAAAUGCUCCAGGAAAUUGCUCAGUCUGGACAAUAAGGCCCUCUUUUUCAUUGGGAAAAGUCUCACGCAGCUUAAGAAAAUCAAACUAAAGGGAUGCAUUCAGAUUACAGAUGAGGGUAUUGAAUCCUUUUCACUUACAUGCGGUCCUCUGAAGAAAUUUUCAUGUGGGUCCUGUGGAUUUGGAGCAAGGGGCUUGAAUUCAAUACUUGAUAAUUGCAGUGAGCUUGAAGAUCUUACAGUUAAACGGCUCAGAAGGAUAGAUGGUCAACUAGAAAGAAUUGGACCAGGUCAAGGUAAGCUGAAGAGAUUGUGCCUUAAAGAUCUUCAUAAUGGGCAGCUGUUUGCGCCAUUGUUAUCUGGAUCCAAGCAUCUAAGGACACUCAUCUUAUCACGGAAUUCUGGAUACUGGGAUCAUAUGAUGGAGAAUAUGACUGGAAAUUUACAGGAAUUGACAGAACUGCAAAUUGAAAAUAUGCAGCUGGGAGACAAGGGAUUGAUGGCAGUUUCAAGGUGCUCGAAGCUGGAGGUAUUUUAUAUGAGCAAGGUUUCUGAUUGUACUGAUGUGGGAAUCUCUGCAGUUGCAAAUGGAUGCAGGAAGCUAAGAAAGGUGCACCUUGAUAGCUGCAAGUUCAGAAGAAUUGCAGAUGAUGGUUUGCUUUCCAUUGCAACUAAAUGUCCUCAGUUGCAGGAGAUUGUUUUGAUGGGAAUUGAUACAACAAUUGUGAGUUUAAAUGCCUUGGGUUCCAAUUGCCCGGUGCUGGAAAGAAUGGCCCUCUGCAAUAGCGACGCUGUUGGGGACUUGGAGAUGUUGUGUAUUGCAGCUAAAUUCAUAGCAUUGAAGAAGCUAUGCAUAAAAAAUUGCUCAAUUUCAGAUGAUGGUCUUGAGGCCAUUGCCAAUGGGUGCCCUAAUUUAGUGAAAUUGAAGGUGAAAAGGUGCAAAGGAGUGACAUCCAAAAGCAUCUGUCGGCUUGAGACAAGUAGAGCCUCUCUGAUUGUUUCAGUAGACAGCGGGUCACAGACAACAACAGAGGAUGAGCAAGGCAGGAUUCUUCAGAAUGGGAAUGAUAGAGUCAUUACAGCAUCGACUCAUGUGCUAUGUGGAAGCAGAGCUCCAUUUAUGAAGACCAAAUUGGGUAUAGCAACUUCCAAUUUUCUUAGAAGGUCUGUUUCUGCCAGCCAAUCCCAGCUUUAAGGUUUAGAGGUUGAUGGUGAAGGGGGUAAGCAUCCUAUAAUUACUCAAUCCCUUUUUUGAUUCUUUCAUUCAAAGGAACAUAUGGAAUCAGCACUGCAGCAAAUAUCCAGGAAUCUUUUUAUCUAUUCUUCUCAGGCCUUUGCUUUCUGUUCUAUUCUGAAUAAAUUCAGACUGGCACAAGGACUAAGCCUGUAAAAUUUUUAAGGAUUUUUUUUCUCAUGGAACGAACAUGUCCUUUGCUAAUCAGGUAUAUAAAAUUUAAGAGUACCAUAAUAUCAGAUUUGAACACUGGAUCCAUGUAAUUUGUUUCUAAAGUUGUCUUCAUUGAAUCAUAAUAACGUAUAUUGGGCUAUCACUUGAAGUGAGUAGUAUAUGAGGAAGCAAAUUCUUUGCUGCAAGUUUGCUUCAUGCUGUUUGUGACUGCUAGGACCUAUGCACUUUCAGGAUAGAUUCACCACAUGCUUGGGUGGCAGGCAUUUGGAGAAAAAAUACAGGAUUCGUUUAAGUUUUGACUA